AUGGCCACCACCGUGACAGCCGGCUCAGCCGGCCCCAUCACCAUCAUCAACAGGUUCAUCACCCAGCCCCACACGGCCAGUGCUGCCAUCCCGGCCAAACCGCAGCCCCUGGAGAAGUUCCACAAGGGGGAGCCGCUGGCCCUCGGGAUCACCCAGAUCCUAGUUGGAGCCGUGCAGUUUGCUGUCGGGGUGGUGAUGGCUAUGGUCAGCUCCUAUUUGUGGAUAUGGGUGUUGAGUGUGCACGUCCCGAUAUGGAGUGGGUUGCUGUACAUCAUCUCGGGGGCCCUCUCAGUGGCGGCUGCAAAGAAUCCCAAGAUACAACUGGUGAAAGGCAGCCUGGGAAUGAACAUCAUCAGCUCGGUGCUGGCCGGAUGUGCCAUGAUCCUGUACCUGGUCAACUUGAUGGAAUCCAGGCAUCGGUACGGGUGUAACUGGUACCCGGAGGAAUGCAUGGCUCAUAAGGUAACCAUGGCCUGCAUCAUGGUUCUGUUCCUGUUCACCUUCCUGGAAUUCGUUGUCUCCAUCUCCACUGCGGCCUUUGGGUGCAAAGCCGUCUGCCGGAACAGCUACAGCGAAGUGUCUGUGGUCAUUUACCAGAACAUGGUGCCUCCAGGUGAUCCAACUACUGCCACCAACCCCCACACUGACGCUGUUGCCUGCACUCCUCCCCCUUACACGGACAUCGCCACCCCAUGA